UAACCUGUUCUUCUGCUCCUCCGAUUUUACUCUUGCAAGACCUUCUAACUGCAAAGAUGCCUGUCGUCAUUUAUUUCACCAGUGUCAGUGGAUGCAAUCAGACAAAAAAGAAUCAGACCAGCAUCUUCCAGCACCUGGACUCGAAGAACAUUCCAUACAAAACGGUGGACAUCAGCCAGAGCGCUGAUCUGAGGAAGGAGAUGAGGGACAAGAUGGGGAAUCCCAAAGCCUUGCCUCCCCAGAUCUUCAACGAUGACACCUACUGUGGGGAUUACUCCAUGUUCUUCGAAGCUGUGGAGGCUGAAAACGUCAAAGAAUUCCUUAAGCUCAAGUAGCUGUCUGAAUAUCAGACCUGUCUGUCUGUCUGUCUGCAGCGCUGAAAUUUGCUGGACAGUGUCUCAAUGUGCAAUGGAAUAAUAAAAGCUGUUCACCAAAAUCUCUUUUUUUAAUACAUAUCUUUUUAUAGAUUAUAUACUAAAAUUUGUAUAUAUAAUAUAUAUUGAGAGAGAGAAAGAGAGUAAGGCAAAUUAAUUCUGUAGUUAUGCAAAAGCAGAGCUUACAACCAUAAAAAAAAUUGUUGGAAUAUAUUUACCUGGCUUAUUUAAAUUUCACUCAAACCUACAAAAUCCUCUGCUUUGACUUGAGUAUUAUGAGUAAAAUGUAACUGCCAGACUCGUUAAUGUGCGCUCAUACUGGAACUGUUGAAAAAUAAAUGUGAUUUUACGAAGCAAAAAA